UUUACGAGUCAACGAUGGACGACAGCGGAGCCGGGAAAAGCAGACAGCUGGCGGCCGAGUCCAAGGCGGCCCUGCUGAGGAGCGGCGGCCGCAGCGGCCUGAACCUCUACGACCACCUGACCAGCCUGCUGAUGAAGGUCUUGGAUGAGCAGCCGUGCGACCCGGUGGACGUGUUGGAGGACAUGAGCCUGGAUCUGAAGCGGGCCUCAGCCGAGGUCGAGCACAGCCACCUGCGGGACCUUCCAGAGACUUCUGCUGGGGAGCUGCUGACUGAGCAGCAGCGACAUCUCUUCUCCCAAGCGGAAAGCCCGAGCCAGGACACAGACAUGCUGGACAAAGCCCUUCCCAACCUGAAUGAGAGCAGCUUCUACAUGGAGCAGGCUGGGGUGGGUGUGCCCAGGGAAGAGAUGCAGAGGAUCUUCCUCGCGCUCAAGCACCUCGUCGUGUCGCAGGAACUGCCCAACUGCCGCCUGUGGGGCAAGGUUUUGGGAAUGGAGAGCAACUAUAUCGUUGCUCAAGUGGAGAGAGACCGGGAUGAAGAGCUGGCCUCUGAGGAAGAAGAGGGGGAGGCUGAGACUAACGAGGAUGAGGUGAAAGAGACUAAUCCACUGCCUCAGUCCACAUAUAAACCCCCUCCCGUGGUUCCGCCGGAGGCUUUGGGAGUAGGUGCCAACAAAUGUGUGUACUACGUGUGCUCAGAACCGGGUCUUCCCUGGAUCCCGCUCCCUCCAGUUACCCCCGAGCAGAUCACCGUUGCUCGGCAGAUCCGUAAGUUCUUCACCGGCAGGCCGGACGCCGCGGUGGUGAGCUACCCGCCUUUCCCCGGGAACGAAGCCAACUAUCUGAGAGCGCAGAUCGCCCGGAUAUCUGCCGGCACACAGGUCAGCCCCAGCGGCUUCUAUACAGCCAUGCAGGGAGAUGGCGAAGAAGACGAAGACUUGCCCCAGGACGCCAUCGAGGUGAAUCCUGACUUUGAGGUCAUUCCAGACCAGGAAAUGGUUGAAUCUUUGUUCAACUGGGUUCAUAGUACACAACACAUCCUGCAGCAGGGGCGCUGUUCCUGGGUGAAUCUGGCCUCCAAACUAAAAGAAGACUCCGAUGAGGAAGCUGAUGCUGAUGCAGCUGAGGAGGAGGAGCCCGAGGAGCCUGAACCAGAAUUGGGACCAGCUGUUCUCACUCCUCUCUCCCAAGAUGCAGAAACAUUCAACACCCCUCCCUGGAGCAGCAGGCUGUCCUCCACCCUCACCCCCCACCAUGCACUGGCCAUGCUGCGCUCCAACAUUUGGCCGGGGGCGUGUGCGUACGCUUCUGGAGGGAAGUUUGACAACAUUUACAUUGGAUGGGGUCAAAAGAUCACGGGGGGGCGCUACAGCCCAGCAGUACCCCCACCACCACAGGAGGAAUACCCCAGUGGACCUGAAAUCCAAGAGGCCUUGGAGCCAUCAGUGGAAGAGGAACAAGAGUUGAUGGGGAAGCCUGGUGGCCAAGAUGAGGAGGAAGAGGAGGGGGAGGGGGAGGAAGAAGAGGAGGAGGAGGAGGAGGAGGAGGAGGAGGAG